AUGUCCAAACUUUUAGUCGUCUUUGGUGCCACAGGCAACCAAGGCGGAUCGGUCAUCAACUCAGUCAUCAACGACGCCACUCUUCGUGAUGAAUACAAAAUCCGAGCAGUCACCCGCGAUACAUCCACUCCCGCAGCGCAGCAUCUCCAACAAAAACCCGUCGAAGUAGUCAAAGGCGACGCGGACAACACAUCCUCUGUAGAGAAAGCCCUCCAAGGUGCCCACACAGUAUUCUUCCUGACCACCACCAUCUACGAUGACAAGCUAGAAGAACGUGAACUUUCACAAGGGCGACGCAUUGCCGAUGCCGCUGUGAAAGUCGGCGCAAAGUAUCUCAUCUUCAGCACACUGCCAUGCAUCAACGACAACUCAGGAGGCAAGUACAACAAGGGCGGGCAUUUUGACUGCAAAGCCAAGGUGGAAGAGUACAUACGAACGCUGCCUAUCAAAAGUGCCUUCUUUGCACCGGGUUCGUUUAUGCAGAACUUCGCAACAAACAUGCGGCCCAAUGGUACCGACGACGGCACGUACGUGCUUGCUACGGUGGCUUCUCCUGCUACCAAGCUGCCGCUUAUCGAUAUCACGGACACGGGGAAGUAUGUAUCUGCAAUUUUGGCUGAUCCAGAUGCCUUUGAGGGCCAGGUGCUCUGCGCGGCUACAAGGCUGUAUACGAUGGAGGAGAUUGUUGGGAUUAUCAGCGGGAGUACUGGCAAGACUGUUGCUUACAGACAACUCCCGGAAGAUGUGUUUCGGAAGUUCUUGCCUCCUAGUAUGGGGGAUUAUCUUGUACAUAUGCUAUUGUAUAUACAGGAUUUCGGAUACUAUGGUGAAGGGACGGAGGAGAAGGUGGCGUGGGCGGCGGGAAAGGCUAGGGGGAAGCUGCAUAGCUUGGAAGACUAUCUUGCGGGAAAUCCACUAGAUUUGAAUUAG